AUAAAAGUAAUAUUCAAAAAAGAAAAAAGGAAAAGGGAUGGAAUGGGGAUCCACAAUCUUAAAUGUGGAUGAAAGGGAGAAAGCUGAUGUGGCAUUGUACGGAAAGCGAUGUUGCUCUGUCAACAAACGGCAUUGAAGUUACAGAGAUAGUCACCGACGCGCUAAUGUGUGGAGGCUCGAUCGCGUGGCUAGCCGCCGCCGCCGACUGGUCGGCGGCUGAUUCUUUGUCUUCGACGCCGGAGAAGCGUCCUUCUUACGCUUCCUUAUUAAAUUUUGUCCACUCCACAUGUAGUAUCAAAGACAUCAAUCACACUUUGUGUUACGAGAGUCUCGCUCCUCAUGCCAUCCUAAUCAAAGGGAGCCCCAGGCGGGUAGCUCAGGUUGCAUUGAGCAUAACCAAGUCUGAGGCUCGAUCCGCUAGGGACGACAUCCUGGGCAAGAUAAGGGCAAAAAGGGCGUCUGAAACACUAGGUAAAAGGGAGAACGUAGCCCUGGGGGAUUGCCAUGAGCUAAUGUCCGACUUGUGCAAUAGUUUAAAACCAACCGCGAAAGAGCUCGCGAUUGCCAACACGGGCAACCAAACAAAGUUCUUGGAGCACAUAGGCAACGUGCAGACAUGGCUUAGCGCCGCGAUAACCGACCCAGACACUUGCCUGGAUGGGUUAGACGGAGAAACAAAGGUGGAGAUGGAAGAAAGAGUAAGUAAAGUGACACAACUCACUACCGUUGCACUUGCGUUGGUUAACAAGUUCGGUGAGGGAGUUCAAAAGAAAUUGAGCAUCAAGGAUCACCAACUCUAUAACUACUAUAACAACUUGCCUUGAUGAUUAUAAAUAUAUGUAUAUGGCUUUUUUUGCUUCUAAACUAUAUGUAUGUGUGUUAAUUAAUUUGAGUGUUGUUA